AUGUUGUGGCUACAAGAAAAUCUAUUAUUUGGUUCCAUUCCUCCUGAAUUAGGAAAGUUAAAGUCCCUUAUUGAUCUUAGGUUGCACAAUAACAAACUCAUUGGCCCAAUUCCUCCGGAACUGAAUAAUCUUACGCAUUUGAAAAGGGUUAAUUUAGCUGAUAACAAUCUCACUGGUCAUUUGCCAGAUAAUAUAUGCCUUGGUGGAUUACUUACUCGGUUGACUGUACAGUAUAAUAAUUUGAUUGGUAACGUCCCAAAAAGCUUGAAAAAUUGCACCACCUUAUACAGAGUUAGGCUCGAAAGAAACCAAAUUUCUAGAAAUAUAUCGGAAGAUUUUGGCAUAUAUCCAAACUUGGAUUAUGUUGAUCUGAGUUACAAUAAGUUUUAUGGUGCACUGUCUCAAAAUUGGGGGCUCUGCCAUAAUCUAACUUGGUUGAAGAUUUCCAACAAUAACAUUUCUGGAAGGAUACCAUCAGAGCUUGGUGAGGCAGCUCAACUUGGUGAACUUGAUCUAUCUUCAAAUCAAUUGAAUGGGGAGAUUCCAAAAAAAUUGGGGAAGUUGGGCUCAUUAAUCAACCUUAUUUUGAAUCAUAAUAUGGUUUCAGGUAAUAUUCCCUCAGAACUUGGCAAGUUGCAUGAUCUUGCACAUCUUAACUUAGCAGCAAAUAAUCUUAGUGGCUCAAUUCCAGAUCAAGUAGGAGAACAGGUGAAAUUAUUGAACCUAAAUUUGAGCAACAAUUUAUUUGGCGGGAGUGUUCCUUCUCCAAUAGGAAAUCUACACUCUCUUGAAAAUCUUGAUCUCAGUCAAAAUAUGUUGACAGGGAAGGUACCGUGGGAACUUGGGAAAUUGCGAAGGUUAGAAACAUUGAAUCUCUCCCAUAAUGAGUUCUCCGGUUCCAUCCCUUCCACCUUUGACCAAAGCUUAGGUUUGAGAUCUGUUGACAUAUCCUACAAUCAAUUGGAGGGUCCUCUUCCCCUCAUCAAAGCCUUUCAGGGGGCUCCAUUUGAGGUAUUAAGGGAUAACAAAGGUUUGUGUGGCAAUGCCACUAGUUUAAUGCCUUGCCUCCCUAUUAAGAGCAGUAGGGAAAAAAGAUUUUUGGUUCUAAUCCUACUUCCUGUUAUAGGAGGUCUGUUUCUUUUAUUCCUUGUCAUUGGCAUUUUUUGGGCAACUCGGGGAAAAAAGAAGAGCAUAAAAAAUGAGCCCAGAGAAUCAAAUGAAAGUUUGUUUUCCAUAUGGAGCUUUGAUGGAAAGAUAGUAUAUGAAAACAUCAUUGAAGCCACAGAGAACUUCAGCCCCAAACAUUGCAUUGGGGUGGGAGGAUAUGGAAUUGUUUAUAAAGCCGAGUUACCUAGUGGACAGGUUGUUGCUGUAAAGAAACUUGAUGCAUCAGAAGACGAUGAGAGAGAGAAACUGAAAGGUUUUGCAAAUGAAAUUUGUGCAUUGACAGAAAUCAGACAUCGGAAUAUUGUGAAGCUUUAUGGGUUUUGUGUACAUACACGACACUCAUUUUUGGUUUAUGAGUUCUUAGAAGGGGGAAGUUUGGAGAAAUUAUUGAGCAAUCAUGAACAAACAGUUAAUUUUAUAUGGAUUAAGAGGAUGAAUGUUAUUAAAGGGGUGGCAAAUGCACUAUCUUAUAUGCACCAUGAUUGUUCACCGCCUAUGAUUCAUCGUGACAUAUCAAGCAAGAAUGUUUUGUUAGAUUCUGAAUAUGAGGCUCACAUCUCGGAUUUUGGCACCGCAAGAGUUUUAUGGCCUGAUUCAUCUAAUUGGACUUCAUUUGUUGGUACUUUUGGGUAUGCAGCUCCAGAACUUGCUUACACCAUGGAAGUGAAUGAGAAGUGCGAUGUUUAUAGCUUCGGGGUUCUAUCAAUGGAAGUAAUUAUAGGGAGGCAUCCUGGUGAGCUCAUCUCAUCCCUAUUGCCAUCAUGGUCAUCAACAUCAGCAUUAACUGCCCAUGCUACGCUAUUGAUGGAAUUGUUGGACCAAUGCAUCGCGCCUCCCAGGAAGCAAGUGGCUAAGGAAGUGGUCUCUCUUGUGAAGCUAGCAUUUGCAUGUUUACAUCCUAGUCCACAGUUUAGGCCAACCAUGCAACAAGUUUCAGUGAUGUUAUCGAAACAGAGGUCAACUUUGCAAAAUUCAUUCGAGAUGAUUACAUUAGUGCAGCUGCUAGAUAUGUUGGAGUUUUAGAAUUCUUGGUGACCAAGUCAUUAAGGCUUAUCACAUGUUAUAUCGUGUUUGUUGCAUUUUGUUAAUAAUGUCCUAGUUAAUAGGGUUUAGAUUAGGUUUGAAUUAUUCUUCAACAACUUCACCACAUUAUUAGGUUAUGUAAACGUGGGUGUUAUUUGUUCUUCAUU